AUGAUGCCUUCACCACAAGAUCUUGAGCGCUUCAGCUUAUGGCUUGCUUCUUUAUCAAACCGACGUCCUCAUGAAAGGUUGGAUCUGCUACGCUUGCGAGCUACAAGGGAGAAUACAGCGUGGACUAAUAUAUCUCAUAGCAGAAGAGCAGGGUUGUCAAGUGCAAUGAGAAAAAGGCAGUAA